UUGUAUCAUUAGCGUUUUAAUAUUUUUUGCGAUCGUGAUUAUUAUGUUUACUUUACAAUAAAAAUAACCAAGUAUCGCAGGACAUUUCUUUUUGCGCGUUUAAAGUUUGUGCUGCAAGUUUGACAAAUUAAAUUAAGGCAAACAUGUCGGCAGAUGCUUUAGUAAACGCGGCAUCAGAUGUUCGGGAGAAUUUGGUAACAACUGCAAUAAAUUUCCUUAAAAACCCAAAUGUGAACCGAUGCACCAUGGAAAGCAAGGAGCGGUUUCUCCGUGCCAAAGGUCUCACAGACUUGGAGAUAGCCAGGGCUGUUGAGAAAUGUGGAGAGUUGUUAGACGGACCUUCGUUGACCUCAGAGUUGAUGUUCUUCCAGCACUCAAGGCAGUCAUGGUUUAGAGAACAUAUCCUACCUUUAGUGGUGUAUGGGGGGUUUGCAUAUGGUUGCUACUGGCUGUAUAAGAACUGUAUACGUCACAUCCUAUUCGUCGAGGAGCCGAAACGCAAAACUACGACGGAAUGUCUCGAGGAAGUCCGCAAAUCCCUGGACAUACUGAACACGAGUAUGACGUCACUGCGUGGGGAGAUGCAGGCGUCGGCACAGAGCUCUUUACGGACGCAACUGGAUGGGCUGAAGGCAGACAUCGCUUCGGUUAAAGGAAUACUUUUGAAUAGGAACCAAUUCCCAUCAGUAAAGACCCGGUCCGAGCCGCCAUCUAUCCCGGCCUGGCAGCGUCAGUCCGAAGAAGCCACGUCCACCGAAGUGGCCGUUGAGGACAAGAAGCCCCAUAGGAGCCGCAGCCAACGCUCCGAGUCCGGCGGUUCUAACUCUAGUGAGGGGGAGCAGGCGACUAAGAACAGCGACAGCAGUUUGGAGAUCAUCACAUGAACCCCAUCGCCGUGCUGCCAAUAAAUCGAUCUAGUCCAACUGGGUCCUGCAGAAUGACAACGGGCACCGUUCUCACGAUAAAUAGGUUCCAAACAUCACAAUGACAGACACAUCACACUAAGAGCGGGGCCACACUGGUGAUUUGCGAGCGACUUGUAAACGAGGCGAGCGCGCAACUAGUUCGCCACGAGCGCGCAACAAUUUCGCUGCGUACUGUCAUACUGGAAUGGGAGCGAAAUCGCUGCGCGCUCGCCUCGCUUUCAAAUCGCCAGUGUGGCACCGCUCUCAUAUGUAGAAACUGGUUUAUAUGUAGGUAAUGAAACUAACGUUAAUAUCGGUUUUCCAUACCUACUUUUUAAAUGGUGGAUUCAAUUAAUAAAAACUAUUCUUACUUACGCUCAAAAAUAUAAGAUGGAACCCUUUUAUUGUAGAGCAUUUGACAUAAAUAAUGUAUUAUGAAUUAAUAUAUUUCAUAGGAUUUUUAUUCGUGUUGUGAUUGGGCUAUUAUGGUUUUAUUAGACGAAUAUCUGUAUUAAUUGUAGAGAGGUAUUGUCAAAAUUAAUAACUGGUACGAUUUGAUACAAUGGUUGUCGGUAAAUAAAUUUAUUUAAUUUUAAAUUUCAGACUCUUGAAGUGAAUAACGGUAUUAGAUGUUUUCUAAUACAAUGAGAAAACAAAUGAAAAACAGUUUGCACAUGGUUGAUGGAUUACCGCAUACAUCGAAAUUUCGUUAUCUCGCUCUCUGUUGCACUUGUAUUCGAGCGAAAGAGACACAGAUAUGCCAUUUCGAAGGUAGCGGUAAGCCCUCAAUGUAUUGUCAAUUGAACAAUCAUGGAUAACAUGAAACUACUGUUUUAUUGUGAACUUCGUACUAGUUGUUUAGGUUAGCGCCACUUGCACCAAUCCAAGUACCCGGGGUUAACCGGUUAAACCGUUAACCCAGUGUCAAAAAGUCAAAUUGUACUGGAAACCAUGGUAACCCCAGGUAUAACCGGUUAACCCCGGGUUGGUGAAUGGUGCAAGUGGCCCUUAGUGGUUAACUUAGAUUAACGCUUGUUAUUAUUUGUUUACUGGAUUUUUUAUUAGUUGGAAGUGGGAGAUACAGCCUGGCAAAAAAGAGUAGAA